CGCUAAAGUGGUGCAGUAUAAAAAGAGCAGGGUGAAAUUCUCAGGUAACUCUUUCCUGCCUGACUCAACCCAAGAGGACCAUGAAGAGAGUUGCUUCUUAUGUUUUCUUUAUUGCCCUUUGCGGUUUGGCAUUGUCCUUAGAGCCAAAGAAAGACAGAAAAUGUUUGAGGGAGAAGGUCAUCACAUUCCUAGAGCUGACCACCAGCAACUGGGCGAAGCUCCAUCCGAAUGAAUCCAUGGAUCUGUCUGCAGUCACCGUGUGUUUGCGAUUUUACACUGAACAAGCGACUCCCAGCCCAUGUCUUUUUUCUCUGGCUACACCGUCCCACCCUCAAGACUUUUCUUUACGUUGGUCAGGUGACAGCAAACAUUACCAGAUGUUUAUUCACAACACCCAGGUUGAAUUCAAAGGGUUGACGUUCAACAUGAAUCAGUGGAACUCAGUGUGUGCGACCUGGGAUUCCAAAAGUGGUCUUGCACAGAUGUUUGUGAAUGAAGUAGCUAGCAUUAAGAAGGUGGUGGGCACUAAAGUAUCUUUCAAAGGAAUGCCUGUCAUCACACUUGGCCAGUAUCAGACCCAAUAUGAUGGAGGGUUCCUCCAACCCUCUAUCUUCACAGGUUUCAUAUCAGAUGUGCAUGUGCAUGGACAAGUCCUGACCACCCGUCAGAUUAAGACCUACAUGGGGGCAAAGAGCAAAUACAAACUUGGUGAUUACAUUAACUGGCACAAUCUGAUGUACACCAUUGCUGGGUCUGCACAAGUGGAAGAAAAGAGUCAUGUAACAUUCUAUACCAAAGAAGAGCAGCAAUAGUGCUCUGUUGUACUGAAAUCUUAAUGUAAUGUCACAAGAAAUUAAUAAACAUCUUGACAUUGAA